UAAAUAAUAUCUCUCCCUGUUGUCUCUCCUGCUCUCUCUUUCUUUCUCUCAUUCUUAUCGUAACGUUUCUUCUGCUAAUAAAUAGUUUUGCAGCAAUACUUAAAGCACUAAUGGAAUCCGAUCUCGAGAAGAAAGAAUCGAAGAAGAAGAAGAAGGUUAAUAAGUGGUCAUCAUCUGUUGAAGGGUCAUCAUCAUGUCCAAAGACAUUGAAUGUGGAUCUGAAGUGCCUGGGUACAAGUAGUGGAUAUAUUAAUCAAACUGCAGAGUCUGGUACAAGCAGUGAGUACAUUGAUCAAACUGCAGCUGGACAAUUAUUCGCCAAAAAAGCCGGGAGAAGACAACGAAAAAUGAAUGAUGAUAAGUACCAUGCAUCAUUACGGUUCACAGUGGAACGUUGUGAAGAAAUGCUCAUUGAAUUACAAAAAAUAAAACUAAAGUGUAACCAUUCAAGGAAGUAUCUGAAGCAGACCAAACGAUGGAUUCAGUCAGAAGAAAAAAUGAUGGAGGAACAUCUGUCUCAAGUUAGUUCAUUGAUCAGCAACAAUAGAUCCCGAAAUCAGCAUAUCCAGUCUUUGUUUCUUGAGCUGUUGCUGGCAGAUGUUGGGGAUAUGGAGAUAAAGCUAGAACAUUCCAAAAAAACGUCCAUCGAGUUACAAAAACUGAAACUAGAGUGGGAGCAUUCUAGGAAGUGUCAGGAGUUGAUGGAUCAACGGAUGCAAAAACAAGCCAAAAUGAUAGAGGAAUAUCAGUCUCAAGUUAGUUCAUUGAUCAGCAACAAUGAAUCCCAAAAUCAGCAUAUCCGCUCUUUGUUUCUUAAGCUGCGCGAUGUGUAUAAAGAGAAAGAUGAAUUGAGAAGGGGGAAUGGUGAAUUUAAAAAGGAGAUUGAAUAUUUGAAGAAUCUUAAGACCCAACAACAGCUUGUGGACUUUAGUUUUUCUGAUCAAGUAACAUAGAGACGGGAAGAAUAAAUUGGAAUUGUCGGCGCAAGAGGAGCAGUGUGUGGCUGAUCUAAUAUGGAACUUGGAUUUUGUUCAGCUUUUUAGUUCAAACUUGUGAAUUUACAUUUUUCAAGUAGUGUUGUACUUGAUUUGCUUGAAUGUACUCCUUUUAUUUCUGUAUUUUGUGUUUUGUAAUGUGUGCUGAGACCUAUUUAUGUAUAAGUUGUGACUUGUGUCUUGUGAAACAAAAAUACUGGCGUGUUUCAUGCCAAGAAUAAUACCAUUUCCUCUAACCAUUGUGCA